AUUUUCCAUAAUUUCAUCACUCCCCAACUUGCCCCUUAAUAGUAACACUAGAGAAAUUUUUCAGUUGUUAAUUUUCUGGUGAAAAUGCCGAUCAACCAAAUUACUAUUGGAAGCCAUGAGGAACUCCGCCAUCCAGGGGCGCUUAAAGCGGCCUUGGCGGAGUUCAUCAGUACUCUGAUCUUCGUUUUCGCAGGUCAGGGUUCUGGUAUGGCUUUUAAUAAGCUUACCGACGGUGUCGCUACUCCCGCUGGCCUUAUUUCCGCCUCCAUAGCGCAUGCCUUCGGGUUGUUCGUGGCCGUCUCCGUCGGUGCUAACAUCUCCGGCGGCCACGUCAACCCGGCUGUUACCUUCGGUGCUUUCGUUGGUGGAAACAUCACUUUGUUCCGUGGGAUUUUGUACAUCAUUGCACAGUUGCUUGGAUCCACUGCUGCUUGCGCUCUCCUUGAAUUCGCCACUGGUGGCAUGGUAAGCAUAUAUUCGACGUUUCAAUUUAUUUGAUCUUAUUUUAGUUUG